UUUCAUUCCCAAAUAUAGUCUCUCCCAAAUCCCUAAUUUCUCCCCUCAAACUUUCGAAUAGUCCCUCAACUAUCCCUCGCUCACCCACUUCUCUGCACUUUCAGAAUGCAGUCCACACUCUUCAACCCCACCCAUUCCCUUAUCCCCACUUCACCACACUCUAUCAGAUCCAAUUCUCGUCAUGGCUCACUUUCCGUUCACGCCUCCAUCAUCGUGGAAACCUCGACCGAGACGGUGAAGCUGAACAAGUACAACAUCAUGGAGCCCAAGUAGCAGAGCGCCUCCCAGACCGUGCUCUAUGGCAUUGGUGUCUCCGAGGACAACAUGGCCAAGCCGUAGGUCGAUGUCUCCUGGGUCUAGUACGAGGGCAACACCUGCAACAUGCACCUCCUCCACCUCUCCAAGGCCGUGCGUGACGGCAUUGCCGCCGCCGGCAUGGUUCCCUUCUGCUUCAACACUAUUGGCGUCAGCGAUGCCAUCUCCAUGGGCACUCGUGGCAUGUGCUAAAGCCUCCAGUCCAGGGACCUCAUUGCCGACAACAUCGAGACCGUCAUGGCAGCGCAGUGAUGCCAGGUACUAUCAUUGCCAUGAGCCAUGGGUAGUGCUGAUGGCGAGGGAGAAGGUUCAGAUUAAGAAGAUUGACAACGCCACUGCGAGGCAGGUCACAUUCUCCAAGCGUCGGAGAGGGCUCUUCUAGAAAGCUGAGGAGCUUUCGGUUCUAAGUGAUGCUAAUGCUGCCCUCAUAAUCUUCUCUUCCACUGGGAAACUCUUUGAGUACUCAAGCUCGAGGCACUUUGAUUUUCUGUCAAUUUGAAAAUGGUGGUCAUGGAGCAGGUACAAGUUGAAAAUGGUGGCGAUUUGAUGCAGUCCACGCCAAAGACGCUGUCUCUACAGUCAUUAUAGGUUGCACCCUUCGAUUUGUUUGGAUUAAUAUACCUUAUAAUAAUUAACUUAUAUGUUGUGCUACAUCAUCAUCAUUGACUUGGGAUUUGGCUAUUUCCAUUUACCUCUACUUCAAGCACUUUCUCUUACCUUCUAUUC